CCUUGGUUGCUUGCCCUCCACCAACUCAUCAAGCUCCGUCAGCGGUUGCGUGUCAGGCCAGGUAGCUUCUGCGCGCUCAUAGAGCUGGCCUCCCUUCCCCCUACUAACCAGCGCCUCUUGUUCUGUGCAUUCCUUUCUCGCUUUGAUUGUAUUCGCCAUGUCCUCUGGGCCACCCGCCGUUGUCCAACAACUAGCGGAGCGGCUCUCCGAAGGGUUCGAAGCGUUGAGUGGGGAGUAUCAGUUAUUGCUCGCACAGCAACGACAGCUGGAGAGCAAGCUUUCUUGGGCCAAACAGCAGUACUUAGAUCUACUGAAACGUUCUUCCCCCGAUACUCUUGCCCAAGACCACCUCGUUUUCCUCCAAGACCUCGAGCAUGUAGCAUUAGAUUUGCAGCGACCACCUAUUUCGUGGAUCGAUCAGAUAGCACAGAAUGACGAUGCCGAACGGAAGAAUCACGCCGUCCUCAUUAAGCAAGCCGAGUCAGCCGUAGCAGACUUGCGCACCCCUAUCGUUGAUUCCGGAGUGAAGAUUUGGAGUGGGCCAUCGGCAGACCGGCGGCCGACGCCCCUCCGGAUACAGACAAAUGCAGACAUGUCUUCGAUAGAGAAGGACUUCACUACCAGCGGGACACCAAGCAAGCUUGGCUGUCCAUUCGCUGCGAACAGUGCUAGGCAGAGCCCACUGGCCACUCCUCGCAGCUCCAUCUCUCGCAUGAGCCAAAGAGGGCGCAGGUCGAAGCGUCCUUCGUUCAACGAUCCCAUACGGGCUGAGAUAUGUGGUAUCGACGACCAUGCAUCUGCCUCUGCCUCUGUCGAAGGUUCCGCUGGCGUGUGCCCAAUUCGUUUCCUCGACCAACAUGACCCACAAGACGUUGCAAAGUAUUUUGAGAAGCACAAGCAUGAGCUGCCGCGAAGUCAUGAAGUGUGCAUUAAUCGCUUUCAAAGCAACACGAACAGUAUACAGGAACUCGAUCGCAAAUAUGGCGACCUUGUUAGUAUGAUACAAGGAUUGGGUCAGAAGCACCAGGCAUGGCUUCCAGAAGAACCAGAGGAAGUUGGUGAGGGUCCAACCGCACAAGAGGAUGAGGCGAAGACGGACGUCAAAGUGGAGAAAUGGGCUACAGCGGUCACAGCGAGUCUUCAAAACAGCAUACCAGACGAAGACCAAGACGAAUUGGAAGUGCCCGCAAUGGCACCCGAUGAGACCAGGUCGCCUCGCUUUGAUCGUCCUCUCAAAGAGAUUCGGGUUGGAGAAUCUCCGAGCCGGCCGUGGGGCAUUCACGUCCCUGCCAAGUAUACCGAUGCCGAAAGCUCAUCGUCUGUGGGAUCUGCCGCAACCGCUUCGCCGCAGCUUCCUCUUGAUACAACCCGGCCUAUUGGUGAGACACCGCCCAAGAAGCCAGGAGGCUGCCCGUUCGGUCACAUGGUCAAAGGCGAUGGAUCAAAAGUACAAGAAAAGGGUACUGCCGCAGAGGCAAUGCAGCCAGCCAUGACAGACGCGCCUGUCUCGAACCUUGGCCAUCCCAUGAAUCCGAAGUUAGCAGUACCACAUGUGCAUGAACCGGAAUCCAAACAUGAAUCCAACCCGAAACCUAAUGGGACGCCUUCGCCAACAACGCCGACCGUAAUCCCUCAAAUGGUAUUCAACGGACCCGUGUUCUUGGGAUAUCCGCCAGAACAGCUAGCUAUACUUUUGCAGAACAGCAACCUCGGCGCUGUCAUGCGGUGAGCAGCCUUGGAUAGCUUUGAUUUGACAGCGAAUUUUAGCGAAAGUUAUAUACCA